AUGGUUGUUUCGGCUCAAAACUCGAACUGUAUAUCUUUAAAGGAUUCAAAAGCUUGCCCAGCAUUCACAUCCGCAUCCAUCUCUACUGGAGAUAGCCUGCUUGAGUUCUUCCCCUUCUUGCGAUAUGUUUCCGACAGAGCAUCUUUCGAUAGCCAACUUUCGAACUAUGUGCAGAGAGAUUACGUUCAGAGGCAAUAUCAAUCCUUGUUCGGAUGUAGCAAUCUUGACUUGACUAACACCAGCGACUUGUAUGCGCGCUUCACCACGACCGUGUUAUGCAAUUCCAUUGUCCAGAACUCCAUUGAGCCCUGUGGCCUGUCAGCAUCGCAGUCACGACCUCUCUGCGCUGACAGUUGUGCUGAGUAUGCCCAAAGCGAGGCUUAUAUAACAUCAGACGACGAGCUCUGUUCGAACCCGUCAAGCAGUCUGCUUCAACUGAUUAGAGCAGACUUCACGAACUGUGCCCUUCCUGGUGGCUCCCUGGACAGUAAGACAUGUAUUCCAGCAAUCGAGAACGAGUCACAGAACUGUGGCUACGGCAACAGCACCGUGGGACUCUGUACCUAUUGUGGUUCAGGCGGUCUUAACUCGACCGACACCUGCUGUUACAACUCAAAUGCCGAGGAUCGAUGCAAAGAUGUCACAUUACCGACUUUGACCGCCACCAUGACAUUUACCCGAGUAUCACCAACAUCUUCAGCUACUGGAUCAAGCACUGCAGGCAGCGGAAGUCACAACUCCGACGACGAUGACGAUGAAGGAGGAGCAGGAGGAGGUCUAAGCGGCGGAGCAAUUGCUGGUAUCGUUAUUGGCGUUCUUGCCGGUCUCGGUUUGCUUGCCCUUGGCCUCCUGUUGUGCCUCAGAAGGAGACGACGACCGAGCAGUCCCAAGGGAAGCAUUUUUAACCAACCUUCGCCGGCCCGACAAGGUGGAACAACUAUGGCUCAAGCAGCACCCCCAGCCGCCCCUCAGGGAUACGAAGUUCUUCCUGGUGGACGUAUAGCACGGAUGUCUGCUCUCGAAGGUCAUUCUGGCGAUUCACCUUCUCAUCAUCGCGACACUUCAUCAGCCGCCGGUGGUAUUGGUGCUGUAGGCGUAUAUCCACGCAGGGAUCAUUCAUCUUCUGACGAGUUCACGUCAAGCCCACCCUCGUCAGAAACGCGUGGCGGAGUCCUUCGCCCACCACCGACCAAACCUCGACGACAUGGCUCACUCUCAAGUAGUUCGGCCCUUGGCAGCUCUGUACCGCAGUCCCCAUCUAGUGCUGGGGGAUUCUCAUCGCCUCAAGGCGUCGCUAGCCAACAAUCCGAGCAGUUGCCAUUUUUCAAGGACUACUACUCUCAAGACGACAUUCACCCCGGUGACCGAAUAGCUGUUCUUUGGGCUUAUCAACCACGGGCAACCGACGAAUUCGCCUUGGAACGAGGAGAUAUGCUCAAGGUUGUGGGCAUAUGGGACGAUGGUUGGGCAACAGGUGUAAUGCUCAACGAGCGGGCAGAUGAGUGGGAGGCUCGACGACAAGCUCAGCGCGAUAGUGGCGUCUCGAACGCGUCGGGACGCCGCGAUAGCUCCCCUGCCGCAGAGGGCGAAAUAAAAGCAUUCCCUCUGGUUUGUGUGUGUCGCCCCGAACACUGGAGGAAGACAAUUGAGGGUGAUGGAUCAACGGAAACCGGUUCCAAUGGCUUCAAUGCUCACUCAUCAUUCUCAUGA